GCAAGCGAGAAACCUCAAAAGCAAGUUUUAAUAACUAAUUAAUUAAUAUUUUCUUUGUUAAAAUAAUCAAGAAGAAAAUGUAAACUUUGAAGAUAUAAUGGAGCCUUUUGUUAAUGUAAUUAUUACAUUAUGUGUAUGUGUUAUUUUCGUGUUGAUUGUCAUAUGCUGCGUCGUCUCGCAUAGGAAGAAAGAGCACUUGUCUCAGCCGCGAGAUUUGGAAAAGGGUGUAGCGGGAACAAGAGAUGGAGGACUUGUUGUUUUCACAGGAAAUGAUACUACAACAGCUGUCGUAGCUGCAGAUGUAACCACCGCGGAUUCUGGCGGUAGCGGUGACGGUUCUUGUUGUGGAGGCGGUGAUGAUGGUGGUGGAGGAGAUGGCGGUGGUUGUGGCGGCGGUUGUGGUGAUUAAUGGGUUUCUUAUAUUGUGGGAUUUGAUAAUUAUGCAUGUAAAUAUAAUUUGGAAAAGAAUAAUAGA